UGAACGUAGCGAAACAGAAGGUUGGAUAAAGAUAGAUGAAAGGGUGAAAGAGGGUGGGAGAGAAGCUCUGCUGGCAACGGGUCGAUCGAAAGCGCAGCGCAGAGAAAUGCACCACCUCUGCUCUGGUCUGGCAGCUUUGCUGGCACACCACCACGUUCCUGGUCGUUGAAAGGAGAGAGAGAAACGAAGAGAGAGAGGGAUAACGAAGCGACCAAUACCAAAGCAGGGAGAGAACGAGCCAAGCCGACUCGCGUUGGGCUAGGUCAGGUCUACCCGAGUUUCACACACUGGUCUGCGUGUGCCAUCCAAAGAGAACCACCGAAGGCGGAGACCACCCUCGAGAAAAAGGGUUGAAACGCGAAAUCGUGUUCACCAUUGUGGAACAGUGCCGGUGGUGGUGGUUUUUUUUUGCCAGCAGAAUUUGUUUAAAAAAAAAAAAUAUAUAUACAUUUAUAUAUAGGAAGAAUCGAUCGUGUUGCAACCUACUACUCCUUCGUUUUUGUUUGUCGAACGAUCGGCAUAGUAAACGCGGCGUGCUCCAGCGUUAACUACGAUUAACCAGCGCAAAAUCUUAUCGUUAUCGUUUCGACGAAGAAACAACGGUGACAAAGUAGCGUCCUCUUUUUCUUUCUUUCAAUUUUUCUUUCGCCAACGAUACCAGAUCUUGUGGCGAAAAGAAAAAAAAGAAAAUAAGAAAAAAAAGAGGGUGGAGAGGGUGCGAGACGAAAGUAAGGUGAAGUGCGUCGAAGUGGCUCGCGUGGUGUGUUCGAGAGGAGUGCUAAACCAGUGCUUCCUGGAUAAGUUUCUACCUUCGACACACGAGCUGGAAUAAUCAAAACAAAAGAAAAGAAGAGGAUUAAAAGAAAGUAAAGGGGUGGCAGCGUCGCGUCGAGCUACCUCGAACCGAUAUAGUUGUUGAUAAACAACGAAGAGAAGGGAGAGUGUCAGCGGGUUUGAUUUGGUUCGGGUGCAACGGCAGCGCAGAUUCCAAUUUCCUUUUCUCCGAUGUCCUGAUAAUCGAUAAGCGUGGGUUAUAGGUGGCAGAGGACCGCCUAGGGCCGGCAGCGAUCGGCCUUAUCGACGUACAAAUUUCCUCUUGCCUAAGGGACACUUUUAAAUAAAUGUUGAGAAACAACGACAAUUUUCAUCCCUCAACGCGAGGCCAGAUUUGGCACCCGGGUGUACGCAGAGUCGUCGGGAUGCCGAUCUCUCUGAGAAAUCACAGGAUCACAUAAAAAAGACAAAAAUACGGUGCCGGAGAGAGAAACCUUUUCGAAUAUCCUGUUCAAAGAUCCACGAAGAGACUAGACUAGACGAGAGGGUGCUGCACUUUCGAUGCACCAAAAGUCUGAAGGAUGGAGGCCAGCGAGUGGGAUCACGCGACCUUGAGGGAAGAGGAAUUCGAGCAGCAUGCCGUGUAUUUGGUACCGGAUGUGGCGGCGUCUCCAACCGAUACCAAUCGCGCGGAAGCCUCCCUACCGAGAAAUUUGGUCCUGAAACCUUCUCAAGCCCUCAACGAUGUACGUUCUUCCGCCAAAGAAUUCUUUCUUGAGACUUCCUUGGUAUUGGGAGUUUGGAGUACCAGUUACAUUCCUAAGGGAACACGAUUCGGUCCUCUGGUGGGUCAAGUGUACACCAAGGACUCGGUACCGGCCGAUGCGAACCGGAAAUACUUCUGGAGGGUAUACAAGAACAACGAGCUGUUCUAUUACAUCGACGGUUACGACGUUCAGAAAUCGAAUUGGAUGCGUUAUGUAAACCCGGCUUACUCGUCCGAAUCGCAAAACCUGAUAGCAUGCCAGUAUAAAAUGAACAUUUAUUUUUACACCAUCAAACCCAUACUACCGAACCAAGAGCUUUUAGUAUGGUAUUGCAGAGAAUUCGCGGAGAGGCUCAAUUACCCGUUAACCGGCGAGCUGAUGCUUCAGAGAAUACGGCAACAAGUGCAACAAUCCGCUUUGCCGAGCGAAAUUCCAGCCACCGUGGAGGCAGUGUCUCCUCUAAAGGAUUCGUCCAUCUACGAGAGAAGGUCGCAAAUGACCCCGACCGACGGUUCUGUUCGAUCGGACGAGGGCUAUCACUCGAACGGUUAUCACGACGAGAUCCUCACGCCUCCGGAAGAGAGCAGCGAGUCGGACUCGGAGAACAACUACGUGUUGGACUUCAGCAAGAACGCGAAAGCGUCUGUGUGUAGCAACGAGGUGGUCAAGCAGGACAACGCAGCGGCGAAGAACGAGUACAGAAAGGUGAAGAUCAAGAUCACGAAGACCUACGGGAACUUUCAGACGUCGAAGGGUCUCGAAGCGAAUGGAAAAGACAAGGAUCAGGAGUUAGCGAGUCGUGCGGUGACCCCGGAACUACCCAAGCCGGUGUCUCCCAUCAUUCUACAGAAGAACGCCGUUCUGUCGACGGUGAACGAAGAAGAAAUACCGGAGAAAAAUCCGAAACCCUUCUACGAAUCCGAGGUGAAGGCUAAUUUACCGAGACCAGCCUACUUAACCAGCCCCAGUAACUCCAUCCUCGAGAAUAUCCUCCUACGUAGUACCGACAACAAUAACAACAACAGUCAUAAUCAUCAUCACAAUGGGACCCAACAACACCAUCAGCACCAUCAGAUACAUCAUCAAACGCACGUGGACUCGGUGACACCGCCGCCAUCCAGUCCAACGGAGAUGGCCUACUCCUACAAGAAGUCCCAUCGUUAUGGAAACAUUCUACCGUGCAGUCCUGAUUCUAGCUCGAACCUACCGAUGCAAGCGGACACCUGCGUCAAUUCAACGAGCGGAAACAGUGCCCUACCGAUGCAAAGUCCGACGAGUAAUCUGCAUUCGAGCGCUGGCAACCUUCAUUCUAGCACGGGCAAUCUUCAUUCCAGCACCGCUCCCAACAACCUUCUACAAUCCCAUCCAGGGACCAUUCAUUCGUCCAGCAAUACAAGCAAUCAUCAUUCCACCGCGAACGUUCUAUCCUCCAGCACGAUAUUAACGUCCACGAGUAACCUUCAUUCGUCAACCACGUCGACGAGCAGUUGUCCACCCAAGAGGAAGACCAAGAGCCCAUCGCCGUCUACCAAUCCCACGGGUACAUCCGCUCCGACGAUUCUCUACUCGAGUUCCGGUGGAUGUCAAAUCGAAUCUAGCACGGUGUAUCCGAACUCGGCAGCGAGUAGCAAUCAAAGCGUCUCGCCGAUUUCACCGAUUCAAUCGCCAUCCUCGUAUCCGUACGGUAUUUAUCAUCAGAACGGCUCGUUGCAUCACAACGUGGCGCCGUUGUCCAUCAAUUGCACCGCCUACUCGCCGACGCCGAGCGGAAACGUGGUGUACGAGAGGACAGACGGAAGGAGGCUGGAGGCUGCUACCAGCAGCCACCAACUACCAACCUCGUCCACCAUGCAGAUCGACACCAAUCAGACGUUGAUCGCUGGCACGCACAACCUCCACCUCGGUCAUCAUCCGGGUCUCACCAUACACGCAAACUCCGCGUCGUUGAACCGAUAUUCGCCCGCGAGCUCCUUGUCUCCGGACGAUCACGGUUGCUCGCAGAGCGGCUCCCUUAGCCCUAACUCCCAAGGAUCCAGGGGUUACAGGUCGUUACCGUACCCGUUGAAGAAGAAAGACGGGAAAAUGCAUUACGAGUGCAACGUAUGCUGCAAAACGUUCGGCCAGCUGUCGAAUCUCAAGGUACAUCUAAGGACUCAUUCCGGUGAAAGACCGUUCAAGUGUAACGUUUGCACCAAGAGCUUCACUCAGCUGGCCCAUCUGCAGAAACAUCACCUCGUCCACACCGGCGAAAAACCACAUCAAUGCGAGAUCUGUAAGAAAAGGUUCAGUUCAACGUCGAACUUGAAGACCCAUCUCAGAUUGCAUUCCGGCCAAAAGCCAUACGCUUGUGACCUCUGCCCUGCUAAGUUCACCCAGUUCGUUCAUCUAAAGUUGCACAAGAGAUUGCACACGAACGAGAGGCCGUACACCUGCCAGGGUUGCGACAAGAAGUACAUCAGCGCGAGUGGCCUUAGGACUCAUUGGAAGACGACCAGUUGCAGACCAAAUAAUAUCGAGGACGAGCUCGCCCUCGCAGCGGCGGUCGGUUCGCCGACCUACUACGAGUACGGUGGUCCCGAUAUGAAUGUCGGAAACAUGCCAAAAGAGUGCGAGCUGGAGCACAUCGAGAACUACGAAAGGCACGGAUCCGCACACGGUCCGCACUCCACGUCCCUCCACAAUCUGGAGAACUCGGUGGGACGACCAAGCGUCAUAGAGACCUCCCAGCCUCACAUAAUCGAGUGCACCUAAGAACCGGGGGUAUGAGCCCUUUUGCUCAAGCGCAAAAUAUCCAGCCGUGGAAUAGUAAACGAGUUGCUCGCGACACACGAGAAACCGACCUGUUUUUUAAUCCUCGCGAACAUGGCGACUGAUAAUAACACGCUUCCCGGUUCACGGUACACGAGGAAUUCUUUUCGAAAUGAACCUAUUUUUUCUUCGUUUCAUUCGUCGCUGGCAACGUGUAAUUAAACAGAAGUGAUUAUGUAUAAAGGAUAGAAAGAAGAUAGCGGAACGAUAGCGAUGAUCGCAAAACUUGAGUGAGAUUACGUGCAACAAAGUAAAAAUUCGGAGGUUGUUAAUGAUAUAAAAGAAAUGAAAAAACGUUGUUGCUUGGUUAUUGUUAUACGCGAAGGAAUUCAAGCUUUUUUAGUGGAUAAAUCAUCGUGGAAAGCUGGUUAAUUUUUUGAAAUCGUUACACGUCGAUCGUGAACGCGAACAAAGUUCGAUUUCUCUCAGGAGGUUGGACCGAAUCGACGAGAUUCCAGCUAAGAGCAGAAAAAUAAGGCGAAAGAGAGAGAGAGAGAGAGAGAAAAAAAGUUCCUUCCUUGUAAAUACUCGUUUCUAUAUUUUUUCUAAUAGUAGCGCCACCAACGAACACGAAUUCAUAUAAAAGAAGAAUAAACGAGAGAAAUGUGAAGCGUAAACGAAACAGAAAAGGGACGAAACGAAGUAGGAUUAGUGUGUCUCGAGUCGUCACACGAUGUCAUUUUCGGAUAUAAAGUCGAGAGAAUACGAGCUACCGAAAGUCGUUCGAGCUUCUCGAUUAUCCUUCCACGGUCCAUCCUGGAACGAUGCAUAGAAUAAUGGUACCGUGCGCUAACGUGUCGUUACUUUUCUUCCAUUAAAUACUUCCAUUGCUCGACCAAACUAAUUUAUUUUACAACACUUGAAAACUUUGCUGGCAGUAGAAUUCGGAUUUCAACUUGAAAUAUUCGAUUAUGUUUGAAAUUCGGAUUCUUUUCCAGAAAAAAAAUAUUGAAAACGCAUUCUAUAUUCCGAUGACAGUAAAUAGACAUAUUUCCUUCUUCCUCGCGUGUGUAUCGCGGUACCAUUUUCUAAGCGUUCGAGCCUGGGAAGUUAAAAGUGAAAAAUAUUAAAGAAAAAUUCUAGCAAGGCGGACUUUGUCGGCACCCGCCAGCAAAUUCGAGAAUGCGCGCGCGAAGAAGAAAAGCGAGAAAGACGCGACGAUCGAACGAACAACCAGUGACGACACGACUGCAACUAUACGAGACCUGUACCUGUAUAUAAUAACAUUACUAUUAAUUAUUCGAUAAUUUAAAAGGUAAUAUAUAUAUAUAUAUAUAAUAUAAGGAGCUCUAAUUUAUGAAUAUCUUUAUAUAUGUAUAUGUAUAAAAGCAACAAAAAAAGAACAAAAAAAUAAUUAAAUCGUCGUCGAUUGGCGAGGAAAACGGUAGGCUGCGCUCUACACGGUACUUUUUAUUUUUUUUUUAAAUAAAACACGAAACUUUUUUGAAAGUUAAGUGAUUUAUUACACGCGUACUAUAGUAACGUUAAAAACAAGAAGAGAAAAAAGAAAACUUUCGGUGAUCGAGUAUCUAUAUUUAUAUUUAUACACGUUCGUAUACAAGCAUACAGUGGGUGCAAGAAGUACUCGGGCACCGAUCAACUUUAAGCGAUACUUCACUGGUCCGUGAAUAUUUUUAAUAAUUUCUGAAAUAGAGUUCGUGGAAACAAAUAAUUAGGUACUCGUAUAAUCGGGGAAAUUAACGAGAAAAGUUCAUAAACCGAUAGAGAUGUACGAGCAAUAAAUAUUCGUACGACUGAUCGAUGACAAAUCUACCUAAAAGUUUCAAAACCACUCAGAAAUGAAUCAAUUACUUACUUAUAAGUUAAUUUCCAUCGAUUUUACAAUUUUUCUCAUUAAUUUCCUGAAUUAUCCAAGUACUUGAUUCUUGUUUCACGCGAUAUCUAUUCGAGUUUGAAACUGAUCGCUAUACGAAUACAUUCCGCGCCUGCUGUAUAUAGAUAUAAGAAUAUAUACAUAUAUAUUUUUUAGGCAUCCUUUUGUCGUGGAAUUUUCGAAACGGUAAACCCGAUCUGUCGACCCACGCGAACGAAUCGUUUUAAUUUCCCAUUUUUUCAUUUUCUACUCCAUUCUGGAGCAAACCUCUCCAUUCUCGACGCUAUUCUUCUCGUUUUUAUCGAUCGUUUCGAACUUACGGUUUCUUUUCUCCGGUUGUGGACGUUAAAACCGUCGUUGCAACGAAACGAUAACUGAGAACCGUCGGGGAAACAAAUCUUAUCGCGAUCGCGCACAAAAAAAUGACUCGCGGUGACGUCAAAUGAUAACACGUAUUCAAUUAAUUGUCAUUUCGUGUUACUAGUGGCAAUAACGAUCGAUGACGAAGCGUGGCGCGCUGGAAACGCAAUAUUUGCGAAAGGAUUGGCUUUGUACGAUCGAGAUCGACGACGCACCUUAUGCGUUCUAUGAUAUAUUUAUACCGUGGAGAGAGAAAUUUUCUCCCAAAAAUUCUUACUACGGAAAACUCGGUCUCGAACGAAUCAAGCAUCGAUUCGCAGCGUGCCGUGUACGAAGUAAAAAGGAAAAGGCUCGGGGGUGAUUUUCAUCGGGAACAAAUCAAAACGCGCACACUAACAACGGGAACAUCGGGUAAAAUUCGCCACUAUCGUGAGAAUGUGAAAGCAAGGGAGAUAAAUCUAGUCAAAAAAAAAGAAAAAACUAAUUUCAAUAUUUAGCCGAGCCUUCGAUUCGCGCCUCGUUUCAACGCGAUCGUUAUACCACUUAUCUUUACAUUAUAUUAUCUUUCUGUUAUUUAUAGAGUGUGAAGAAAGCAAUUGAAAUACUGAUCACCAUCAGAUAGAUUAAGAAAUUUAUGAAAAAAAAAAAAGAAAAAAGAAAUUCGAACGUACUAAUUGGUGCUGUGACAAUGGAGACACCAUUUAUUUCGUAAUCUCUUCCACUGAUUUGAACAAAAUUUCGUUUACUAGGUACUUCCAUUAAGUUUUAAGCAUCUAAUCGUCGAGUUAUCACGAUGAGAAAGCGCAGCCUACCAUUAAAAUGCGAAACGACAGAGAUCGUGAUUCGAUCAGCGAUUCUCGGCGCCUCCAAAAAAAGAAAAGAAAAAAUGAUUUUUAAAGAACGUAACGAUGAGACUAAGCUGGAAUCGCUAAUCGAUAACGAUGAUAGCACAUUGCUAAGUAUCGCAGACUGAUAUACGCACGGUUAUCUAGCAUAAAAAAAAAAAAAAAGAAAAAAACAGAACAAAACGGAAACAGCAAAAGAAAAUUACGUGCAUCGCGAUACGAUUCCAAGAGCGAACAGGAUCCGGAUAAACGGGAAUACGAGAAGAAACAAACGGUUGGAAUUCACAGAGCACGUUCGAGAAAGCAUUUCGAACUUCCUCCUUUCACAAUGCCUCUUCAAUUUCGAAAAGAAAAAAAAAAAAAACAAAACAGAAAAGAAAUCCAAAGGUUCCAUACGUCCACCGAUUCAUCUAUCCGUUUUAGCUUUGGAACGUAACAAGUUCAAUGGUUCCUGCAAAUAUGUCAUGGUGCUCGUCGUAAAGAUCCUUCAAAGGAACUGAUUUUUCUUUAUGUAGUACGUUUUCUUCCGGUUUCCUUACGGUGAACCCUUUUCUCCCCACCCUCUCGAAACAAGAGGGUUUCAUUUUUACCCUUGAAUCGAUACUUCGACUGCGUAAGUUUAAGGCAGCUUUAAGAAAGAAAAAAAAAAAAAGAAGAAAUGAAGUCGAAGAAGGUACGAUUCGCAGGGCCUUUUAAUUUUUUGAUUUUUCGCGAAAACACGUUGACAGAAAAAAGGAAAAAUGAAAACGGGCAACGUGGAGAACUCGGGCAUACUACCGAAUAAUUAGGCCAAAAAUGAAAAUUCUUACAUCAGAGAUAUGUUAUAUGUACGCUAUAAUAGCGGUCCCAUUGGUCGAAUAGAGAAACGCGCAGGACGCUGAAGACCAUGUAUCCUGAUCGUGGGUCAAUAUCGUAGAGGAACACGUUUCUAUAAUGUUGACUUCCGAUUACGAAUUUAGGCCUGCACACGUAAUGUUUAGGCAUAGAAACGGCAUUGGAAACGGGGACUUAGGUGAAAAGAAUAUUCUGUGUAUUUUGUUUAUAUCUGUCUUUGCCCGGGGUCAAAUUGGUUUUUACGUAUUAUCACUUCGCUACGAAAGGGGUGACAGAAAAAUUCUACCCUUGCCAAGAACGAGGAAAGAUCGUGUAAAUACAAAAUCCGGAAAUGCAACUCUCCCUAAAAUUGUAGGUGAACGAUGUUGAUUACGUAUAUUUUUUUACAAGUUUCGUACAGAGGAUGAAGAACCAUGGGCAAUGGGUUUCCAAUGGCGUUUUGCCGAUCAUUAUUCCGUGUAUUGCCACGAUUUCCUGCCUUGCCCGGAUUAAACGCACUAUUAUACAUAACGGAGCGAUGAAGGGAGAAAGAUAAAACGAAAGAGUGAGAGUGAACGAGUGAAUGAGAGAAUGAACGAGACGAACCUAGUAUUAUAAGAUUUAAAUUGUGAAAAAACAUAAAAAAAGAGAGAGAGAGAAGAAGAAGAAGAGGAGGAACGAGAAACGGUACGGAGAAACUAAAGAGAAGAUCGUGUAAAUACGCUAAGAAAGUAGAAUGAUCGAAGGAAACAAGCGAUUUAACCGCCUCGACAACACAAGACAAGCAAUAUUUAGUUCUUACCGUCUCGUAAAAAUAAUUAAUGAGAAGAAAAAAAAAAAAA